UAAAUGCCAUCCUCACUUGAUCUUUGCUCGUCCUCGAUCUCAUAUUCCAAACCGAAGAACAUGAGCAACACGAGCAACCAAGAUUCACGACCCCAGUACCCUCCCAAUCCCCUGCCUGAGAAAGAGGUAAACCCCUUUUCUCAAGAGCCACCACCAAACGAGAUGGACACCAACCCAUUUCACCAAGAACCGUCCUCUCUGAGAGGAUCACCUCCCCUCUAUCCAUCCAUACCUGCUCCCACACCAACAGAUGAAAGAAACCCUUUUCACCAAGAGCCGAGAGAAGCACCGCCUCACCACCCUUCCGCAUACCCGCCUCCCCCAGCGGAAGAAACUGCAGUCCCGAUUCGCCGAGAACAGUCGUUGAAAAGCAUCCAAGAGAAUGGAUCUCCUCCUUCCCCUCCUCCUCUUCCUCCUCCGCAAUAUGUUGCGUCGUGUUCUUCUUCAUCUCAACCCCCCUGUGAGGGAGAGAGUGCAGAGAAAUGGGGGACUCAUGUGAUGGGGACACCGGCUGUUCCCACGAUUCACCCUGAUAACAAGAAGGCUGCCUUCUGGGGAGCCACUGAGGCUCAAGCUCAGCACUACCAUCAUCCUUAUCUCCAGUUCAGUCCGAUCGAAAGAUCAUCAGGCUCAAGAAGUAGUCCUAUGGAGAACAUCCUGCAUAUGUUCAACUCGUGGAGUCAUAAGGCCGAGAACGUAGCCACCAACGUUUGGCAAAACCUAAAAACCAGCUCAUCUCCGUCCGGAGCCGCAUGGGGGAAGGUCAACUUGAGAGCCAAGGCCAUCACGGGAGGGGGGUUCGAUUCUCUUUACAAGCAGACUUUCGCAACCUAUCAAAAUGAGACGCUCAAGAAGAAUUUCGCAUGUUACUUGUCCACGACGACCGGACCGGUUGCCGGGACUCUCUACCUCUCUAACAUUCAUGCUGCCUUCUGUAGCGAUCGCCCCUUGUCCUUCACAGCGCCGUCGGGUCAGGUCACUUGGAGCUACUACAAGGUGAUGGUACCCCUGGGCCAGAUUGGUGCGGUGAACCCGGUGGUGAUGAGAGAGACUCAAUCAGAGAGGUACAUUCAGAUUGUCACAUUCGACGGGCACGAUUUCUGGUUCAUGGGCUUUGUCAAUUACGAGAAGGCGACUCGCCAUCUGACCGACAGCAUCUCCGCAUUCGUAGCACCCGGAAUUGCUGUACCGCAACAGCCUCCACCACCGCCUGCUGCAUAAAAUUCUAUCCCAGGAUAUAUUUCCUUUAUAUGACCUUGUAAUUUUCUCGGGUUGUUGUUUAUUAUAUUCCAGAGUGCCAUUUUUUCCCUAUAGUUUUCUUUUCCAGUCGGACUGUUUGUCGGAGUUUAAUUCGUUGUAUUUUACCCCUACAUAUUCCAUAUGGUCAUGCAUUCUUUUUCCGAA